AUGGAUGACCUUGAAAAGGCAAUACUAAUUAGCUUUGAAUCUGGUGGUGCUGUUGAUUCAGCGUUACAGUCUCAGGCGGUUAGUUAUUGUCAGCAAAUCAAAGAAACUUCAUCUAUAUGUAGUAUAUGUAUUGAGAAGCUUUGGUUUUGUAAGCUUGUUCAAGUUCAGUUCUGGUGCUUGCAAACGCUGCAGGAUGUAUUGAGGGUCAAGUACGGAUCAUUGAGCUUGGAUGAGCAGAGUUAUGUGAGGAAAUCAGUGUUCUCGAUGGCGUGUUUGGAGGUUAUUGAUAAUGAGAAUGCUGUUAGGGUUGUGGAAGGACCGCCAUUUGUUAAGAACAAGCUUGCUCAGGUUUUGGUUACGUUGAUCUAUUUUGAGUACCCUUUGAUUUGGUCGUCGGUGUUUGUUGAUUUUAUGCGUCACCUGAGCAAAGGAGCUGUUGUGAUCGAUAUGUUUUGUCGGGUUUUGAAUGGUUUGGAUGAUGAGUUGAUUAGCUUGGAUUACCCUCGGACAGCAGAAGAGAUAUCUGUCGCUGCUCGAGUCAAGGAUGCAAUGAGGCAACAAUGUGUCCCUCAGAUUGCUAGAGCGUGGUAUGACAUUGUGUCAUUGUAUAGGAGUUCUGAUCCUGAUCUUUCUGCUACUGUGUUAGAUUGUAUGAGAAGAUUUGUUUCUUGGAUUGACAUUGGUUUGGUCGCAAAUGAUGCAUUUGUUCCGCUACUUUUUGAAUUGAUUUUGUCGGAUGGGUUGUCUGAUCAAGUCCGCGGUGCAGCAGCUGGGUGUGUCUUAGCCAUGGUUUCUAAGCGGAUGGAUCCCCAGUCAAAACUGCCCCUUUUGCAGACCCUUCAAAUAAGUCGGGUUUUUGGUUUAGUGUCAGAAGAUGUUGAUUCAGAACUGGUAUCAAAAGUAUCUGCUUUGCUUACUGGCUAUGCUGUUGAGGUUCUAGACUGCCAUAAGCGGUUGAACUCAGAGGACACCAAGGCAGUCUCGAUGGAUUUGCUGAAUGAAGUUCUGCCAUCGGUUUUUUAUGUCAUGCAGAACUGUGAGGUGGAUUCUACUUUUAGUGUCGUCCAGUUUCUCCUGGGCUACGUUUCAACUCUCAAAGGCCUCCCUGCACUAAAGGAGAAGCAACUGCUCCACAUUACACAGAUUCUUGAAGUGAUUAGAAUUCAGAUUUGCUAUGAUUCCAUGUAUCGUAAUAACCUUAACUCACUGGAUAAAAUUGGGUUGGAAGAGGAAGAUAGAAUGUCUGAGUUUAGAAAAGAUCUCUUUGUCUUAUUCCGUACAGUUGGACGUGUUGCUCCUGAAGUUACUCAACAUUUCAUUCGAAACUCUUUAGCAAAUGCUGUGGAAUCUUCAUCCGAGAGAAAUGUCGAAGAAGUAGAAGCAGCGCUGUCGCUUUUGUAUUCACUUGGAGAGUCUAUGACGGAGGAGGCCAUGAAAACAGGAUCUGGAUGUUUGAGUGAAUUAAUUCCAAUGCUUUUGACCACACAGUUCCCUGGUCAUUCUCACAGACUAGUUGCACUAGUGUACUUAGAAAACAUAACAAGGUACAUGAAGUUUAUCCAAGAAAAUUCCCAGUACAUUCCCAAUGUUCUUGGUGCUUUCCUUGAUGAAAGGGGUUUGCAUCACCAGAACGCUCAUGUGAGCCGUAGAGCUUGUUACUUGUUCAUGAGAGUUGUGAAAUUGUUAAAAUCAAAGCUUGUUCCAUUCAUUGACAAGAUCCUGCAGAACCUCCAAGAUACAUUAACCCAGCUGACGACCAUGAACUUUGCAUCAAGAGAAUUUUCAGGAAUUGAAGAUGGUAGUCACAUUUUUGAGGCCAUUGGCUUAAUCAUAGGAUUGGAGGAUGUCCCAGCUGAGAAGCAGUCAGAUUAUCUGUCUUUACUGCUUACCCCUCUCUGUCAACAGAUUGAGAAAGGACUUGCGGAGGCAAAAGUCGCCAGUCCCGAAGACUUUCCUGUAAAGAUUGCAAAUAUCCAGUUUGCUAUUAUGGCAAUUAAUGCUCUUAGCAAGGGCUUCAGUGAACGUCUUGUUACUGCGAGUCGUCCUCAAAUUGGUCUCAUGUUUAAGCAGACACUAGAUGUGCUUCUAAGGAUUCUGAUUGAGUUUCCAAAGGUUGAGCCUCUGCGGAGCAAGGUUACAUCGUUCAUACACCGGAUGGUUGAUACACUUGGGUCCUCUGUCUUUCCUUAUCUUCCCAAGGCUCUGGAACAGCUACUUGCUGACAGUGAGCCAAAGGAAAUGGUUGGUUUCCUGGUAUUACUCAAUCAGCUUAUCUGCAAGUUCAACAGUGCUCUCCGUGAAAUAAUGGAAGAAGUAUAUCCCGUGGUUGCUGGUAGGAUAUUCAAUGUAAUUCCAAGAGAUGGGUUCCCCUCACGCCCUGGUGCUGUAACUGAGGAAAUGAGGGAAUUGAUAGAGCUUCAAAGAACGCUGUAUACAUUUCUUAAUGUGAUAGCCACCCACGAUCUCUCUUCUGUUUUCCUUACGCCCAAAAGUAGGGCGUAUCUAGAUCCUAUGAUGCAGCUGCUUUUGAAUAGUUGUUGUAAUCACAAGGAUAUCACCGUACGUAAGGCAUGCGUGCAGAUAUUUACUAGGCUUGUAAAAGAUUGGUGUGCCAAGCCUUAUACCGAGGAGAAGGUUCCAGGUUUUCAGAAUUUCAUGAUCGAAGCUUUUGCAACAAACUGCUGUUUGUACAGUGUACUCGAUAAAUCCUUCGACUUCAGAGAUGCGAACACUCACUCCUUGUUCGGGGAAAUCAUCACGGCUCAGAAAGUCAUGUAUGAAAAAUUUGGUAAUGCAUUUCUCAUGCAUCUUAUGUCGAAAAGUUUUCCAUCAGUAAAUUGUCCACAAGACUUGGCGGAGCAGUAUUGCCAAAAGUUGCAGGGUAAUGAUAUCCGGGGCCUCAAGUCAUACUACCAAUCCCUUGUAGAAAAUCUCCGGCUACAACAAAACGGGAGUCACGUUUCUCCAUAUGUAAAUAUCAUUGUCAAUGUCUACUUCAGCGGCAACAAGGUUUGGUUUCGACCAUCCAGAUCAUUCGUAUAA